UUUGCGCUUGCCAUUAUGCCUAAAAAUUUUAAGCAGCAACAGUUCAUAAAAGCGAGUGUCUUGGCCGAGCGUGAUCUUAUCGGUGAGCACAUUGAUGGAUGCUUUGAAAAGGUGCGCUACAUCCAGGAACAGAUUGUUGAACUGCAGAAAACCAUUGCUAGCGUCGACAAUAAAAAUGCAGAGGUUAGUUGUUUUUUUAUCAACGUAUCUAUGAAAUUUGGACAACAGCAAGAAAUUGCUAAUGUGCUGGAUGAAAUAGCCACACGAGUUGCGGAGAAAAAGUAA